CAGUCAAGAUGCACCCAGGUGUCCUGGCUGCCUUCCUCCUCCUGGGCUGGACUCCGUGCUGGUCCAUGCCUCUUCUCAAUGGUAACGUGGAUGAUGAUUUGUCUGAGGAAGACUUCCAGCUGGCAGAGAAUUACCUGAAAUCAUACUACCAUCCUUUGAAUCCUGCGGGAAUCCUGAGGAAGAAUGCAGCCGGCUCCAUGGCUAACAGGCUCCGAGAAAUGCAGUCUUUUUUUGGCUUGGAAGUGACCGGCAAACUCGAUGAUAAUACCUUAGCUAUCAUGAAGCAACCGAGAUGUGGGGUUCCUGAUGUGGGGGAAUACAAUGUAUUCCCACGAACGCUCAAAUGGUCCAAAACAAAUUUAACCUACAGGAUUGUGAAUUACACCCCUGAUCUGAGUCAUUCUGAAGUUGAAAAGGCCUUCAAAAAAGCUUUCAAAGUUUGGUCUGACGUGACACCUCUAAAUUUUACCAGAAUUCAUGAUGGCACUGCUGACAUCAUGAUAUCUUUUGGAACUAAAGAUCAUGGUGACUUUUACCCAUUUGAUGGACCCUCUGGCCUUCUGGCUCACGCUUUUCCUCCUGGACCAAACUAUGGGGGAGAUGCCCAUUUUGAUGAUGAUGAGACCUGGACAAGUAGUUCCAAAGGCUACAACUUGUUUCUUGUUGCUGCCCAUGAGUUUGGGCAUUCCUUAGGUCUGGACCACUCCAAGGACCCAGGAGCACUCAUGUUUCCCAUCUACACCUACACCGGCAAAAGCCACUUUAUGCUUCCUGAUGAUGAUGUGCAAGGAAUCCAGUCUCUUUAUGGUCCAGGGGAUGAAGAUCCCAACCCUAAACAUCCUAAAACACCUGACAGAUGUGACCCCGCCUUAUCCCUUGAUGCCAUCACCAGUCUCAGAGGAGAAACAAUGAUCUUCAAAGACAGGUUCUUCUGGCGCCUGCAUCCUCAGCAGGUGGAUGCAGAGCUAUUUUUAACAAAGUCGUUUUGGCCAGAGCUUCCCAACCGCAUUGAUGCUGCCUAUGAGCACCCUUCCCGGGACCUCAUCUUCAUCUUUCGGGGUAAAAAAUUCUGGGCUCUUAAUGGUUAUGACAUUCUGGAAGGUUAUCCCCAAAAAUUAUCUGAACUGGGAUUCCCAAAAGAGGUUAAGAAGAUAAGUGCAGCUGUUCAUUUUGAAGAUACAGGCAAGACUCUCUUCUUCUCUGGAAACCAAGUCUGGAGCUAUGAUGAUACUAAUCAUACCAUGGAUCAAGACUACCCUAGACUAAUAGAAGAGGAAUUCCCAGGAAUUGGUGAUAAAGUAGAUGCUGUCUACGAGAAAAAUGGUUACAUCUAUUUUUUCAAUGGACCUAUACAGUUUGAAUACAGUAUCUGGAGCAAGCGAAUUGUUCGAGUUAUGUCAACAAAUUCUCUACUGUGGUGUUAACCUUCUUGUUAAAACUGCUACUUAAAGAGUGUUGGAGGCAUUAAUACUUGAAUAAAUCUGGAGUUGGAGGAAGGAAAGGUAUCAGGGAAAGCUUAGUUCUGUGAACAAGCUUCAGUUAAGUUAACUUUGGACAUACUGUGUGAUGGUACCAUGAUGGUACCGUGGCAGGCUCCACUCUGAAGAAGUUUUGAUGAGAUCAAGUUGAAUACCUCCAGGGAUCACCUGAAUCUUCAGUGCUAUACAGAAGCAAUGUUAUAGAAUAUUUUCCACGCCAAAACAGGACACAGGAUUUGUCCGUGACGGUUAGCAUGUUUUAUGUUAUGUUUAUGGAGACAUUUAGGAAAAGCUGUAGGCAAAUCACGUUCAUCUAAUCAUCUUUACUAAAAAAUGAAAGAAUAAUAUGGAAGUGGAAUUUGGAAGGAGCAUAUUGUCAUCCUGGAUAAACAGAUGAGAGGAAUGUCUAUCAGAAACAAAUUUCCAAAGAGAUCACUUGGAUCUUGCACUGCAAGUGUUCAGAGGAAGCACAUUCCUCUAAGAACUCAUUACAGUCACUGAAGGCAGGAGACAAAGUCUGAAGGUCAGGGCACCAGAUUUGUUGCUUGAAUUCUGAGUAACACUCACUUUUGGCCAAGACCCAAGAGUUUCUGUCAAAGAAGACGAUUAUUUAUUUGCUUAUUUAUAGAGGAUAAAGAGAGAUGAUGCUCUGUUUUUAUUAAAAUAUUCCAGGUGUUCCAAAAGUCACACAAUCAAUGGUUAAAAUAUUACAAAAUAACUUGAGGUCAUGGCAACAUUUUUUUAUAAAUCUUUUGAUUAUUUAAGACAAGAGUGGUAUGUUAACCCUAUUUUAUCUAGUUAUUUUAAUUAUUCAUUUUAUUUUGGAUUAUAGGCUAUUUUCUAAAUAUUUGUAAGAAAUAAAAUAUGUCUUAUAAAAUGAGAAUACAAACAUGAAAAUAGAAACAGCCAAAGUAAAGGAAUCUCUCUGCCGGAGUGUGGGCUUCCUGAGAUGUGGGGCUGUGCCUUUCUUCUCCAUGUUUUGUUUAAUCAUUCGGCACUCUGCACAACGUUUGACACUUGGAAACACACGGGGAGCUUACUAAGUACGUGGAUGACCAUCAAGGGAAGGACUAUUGUGCUACAAGAUCUUGCAAAAACAUAGGCAAAGUAAACAAAUGUAUA